AUGGGAGACUUUAAUGAGGUCGUUAAAGUGGAAGAGCGAAAAGGGGCUACUACUUUGACGGGAUCGGCAGCGGACUUUAAAUCUUGGAUUCAGGAUAUGAAACUAGUGGAUUUAGACUUAUCUGACAGCCUGUUUACCUGGUUUAGGGGCCAAUCUUGUAGCCGCAUUGAUAGAAUGUUGGUUACUUUGGAAUGGCUAGAAGAGUUUCAUGAUACAAGGCUACGAGGUGGUCCAAGAGGGUUAUCGAAUCAUUGCCCAGUGGUGAUGGAAGCUGCAAGGGUCGGAAGGGGGCCGAGACCUUUUCGAAGUCUUGAUUCAUGGUUCACUCAUGAAGGAUUCUUGAGGAUGGUGAAGGAGGAGUGGAGAAGCCUAGGGGAGGUGCGGUUCUUGGACAAGUUAAAGGCCAUGACGAUUCCUUUGGGCAGAUGGCAUAGAGAGAAUUUUGGAUCUAUGGACAUGAGGAUUAAAAAGUUUGAGGAGGAGAUCAAAAAAGUAGACGAUAUGGUCAGUAAUGGAGUGCAUGAUGGAACCUUGGAAGCAAGAAGGAAGGCACUGGUCAGCUCUUGUAAGAGGUGGAGGAACAACCGGAUUGAUGCUUUAAUGAUUCAUGGAAGAGUAUUGAGGAAUCAAGCCAGGAUUAAGGUGGCUAUAAGAGAUUUCUACAAGGACUUGUACCAACAGGAGGUGUCACCUAACGUAGGCUUUCGGAAUGGGUUAGUAAUGCAGAUAGAUGUAGAAGAGGCAACAGAACUGGAGUUGAUGCCAUCUGUUGAAGAGAUAAAGGAGGCAGUAUGGGAUUGCGAGCCAACACAAGCACCAGGAAGUGACGGAUAUAAUAUGAAUUUCAUCAAGAAAUGUUAG